AUGGGCUCAUUUGAUUUCAAGCAGCCCAAGCUGGAAAGCAGCGAAACUGAGGCAGUUUCCGAGUUUGUGAGGAACCACCGGGAGAUCAAGGAGAAACAGCGGGAAAGCUCCGAAAAGAUGCUCAAAAAGUUAAACGAGGAGUGGCACAAGGGUCAUAUUUCUUCCGGAAAUAUGCAAGAAUAUCGGGAUGAGAUUGAAAGACUGGAGAGGGAAAUCAGCACCCUAACAACCGACAUCAUCGUGCUUCACACAUCCUAUUACGAAAUAUGUGGAAGAAUCAUAGAUUGGGCUAUUUGGGGCAAAAAUGAAGAUACCCACUGGUCAUAUCUUGACAUGUUGAUCAGACUCUACAAGACGCCAGAGGGAGCACGAUGUACUCUCUUUACCAAAAGAACACAAGAGGCGCGAAAUCGGUUCCGAACAGACGUGCUUAAAGCAUACGACGCCUUCAAUGAUGAUGGCGAAGUAUGGUGUGCAAUCAGCAAACGACAUUACUGGGCCAAGAAUAUCAAAGCUGCCUAUAUUGUUAGGUACAAUGUGGGCGAAGCAACAGCUGCACACCUUUUCGGGCCCACAGACUCCAAGGACGGCCAUCUCAUGGGAGCCAAAAAUGCCUUCCCAAUGCACGAAUAUUACGAAAAGCUGUUUGACGAGGGUGGAUUGGUCAUUGUACCCGAUGCAGAAGCAGGCCCCAAUUGCUGGAAGACACAAUGGCUAUAUGGCGAACACGAGAAGAGGCCAGGCGGUGGCGAAGGUCUACCAACUGGUACAGGGCUUCAGAAUCUGAAACUGGAAUUCAAAAAUGACUUCCGGCCAGCAGCAAGAUAUCUCUACUUUGCAUACUGCAUGAGUAUUCUUCGCCGCCAACGCCAUGAUAUCCCCGGAUGGUGGAAAGAUCUGUUAAAUGCAGAAACUAACAGCAUCUGGGCAUCACCGGGCGAUUACAUGCGAACGUCAACCCUACGGAAGCUAGCACGCAGAGUAGGCCAUUUGACAGAGGACGAAGCCCUGGCCUUUUCAGGAGAAUCGGCGGCCGACAUUGCUGGCGAUAACGAAAACCAGCUUGCGGACAGUGUUCAUUCAGACAUUGCUGCCCAGGCGUCAAUGAAGUCCCCGAUUCCGUCGCACCGGAAGAAUGACUCUGACGACCUGGAAAUUCCAACUGAUGAGGAAGAUGAAGAUGAGGGUGGAGAUGAGUGUAACUACUAUAUAGAUGAUGACAACGACGGGACUGUGUGA